AUGACUAAAUUACGAAUUGCUGUACAAGGAUGUUGUCAUGGUCAACUAAACCAGAUUUAUAAAGAGGUUGCACGAAUCAAUUCCAAGACUCCCAUUGAUUUAUUAAUAAUUCUUGGAGAUUUCCAAAGUAUCCGUAAUGCUCAGGACUUCAAAUCAAUAGCCAUACCUCCCAAAUAUCAAAAACUUGGUGAUUUCAUAUCAUAUUAUAAUAAUGAAAUCGAAGCUCCUGUUCCUACCAUCUUCAUUGGUGGCAAUCAUGAGUCGAUGAGGCAUUUAAUGCUUCUACCGCAUGGUGGAUAUGUAGCAAAGAACAUUUAUUAUAUGGGCUAUUCUAACGUUAUAUGGUUUAAAGGUGUGAGAAUAGGAUCGUUGAGCGGGAUAUGGAAACAAUGGGAUUUCAAUAAGCAACGACCAAGUUGGAAUUAUCUAGAAAAGAACAAUUGGAAGGCCAAUAUAAGGAACUUGUACCAUGUAAGGCUGUCCGAUAUUGCUCCCCUUUUCAUGAUCAAACAUCGUCUGGAUAUCAUGCUAAGUCAUGAUUGGCCGAAUGGCGUUGUUUAUCAUGGUGAUAUUAAACACUUACUGAAGUUUAAACCUUUUUUUGAGCAAGAUAUUAACAAGGGUGAACUAGGCAGCCCAGCAACUUGGCAGCUAUUGAGAGAUUUGCGUCCUUUGUGGUGGCUGAGCGCUCAUUUGCAUGUCAGAUUUUUAGCUUCCAUCAAACAUAAUAAAAGAAGUUCACAACUAUCAAAUGGAUCAACCUCAAGGAUGAAAAAAAAUCUAAACGAAAUUGACUUAGACUUAUCUUGUGACGAUGACGAAAAGCCUGACGUGUUAAUUAAUGAGGAAAGCGACGAACCUAGCUUGAAAUACGAUGAAACCCGGUUUCUAGCGCUGGACAAGUGCUUACCAAGAAGGCGCUGGUUAGAAAUCGUUGAAGUGGAGCCAGAUACAUCGCAUGCCUCAUGGAAAGUUGAAAAUCACCGUAUGUUUUGGGAUCCUGAGUUCAUUGAUAAUUUAAUAAUUUGGGAAAAGAAUAAAGAUUCGCUAAGUAAUAAACCGUUUGACAGCAUUAAUUGGAUGGAACUAUCGCAAUCCGAUAGGACGAACGAGAAGAAAGUUGAUUGGGAGAAUUACGCCAUUCCUGAAUACACCUUAGACGUCCAAAAAGAUGAGAUAGGUCAAACUAAACUAUUUACCUCCAAAUUUUUAGCCUAA